AUGCCUCUGCCUACUCGAAAAAUCGGCCAAGAUAAUGUCUCUGCCAUUGGAUUUGGACUCAUGGGACUCUCAGCAUACUACGGGCCCAUCGAGAACGAUGAAGACAGAUUCAAGGUCCUCAAUGCUGCCCUAGAAGCUGGCUGCACCAACUGGGACUCGUCUGAUAUAUAUGGCGACAGUGAAGAGCUUCUUGGGAAGUGGUUCAAGCGUACUGGAAAGAGGGACCAAAUUUUCCUAGCGACCAAAUUUGGAGUUACCCCUCAAGGUGCAAAUGGUACACCCGAAUACGUCAGGUCUGCCGUCGAGAGCUCUCUCAAGAAACUCGGAAUCGAUACCAUUGACCUUUACUAUGUCCACCGUAUUGAUCAAACUGUCCCUAUUGAGAUCACUAUGAGAGCUUUGGCUGAGCUCGUAAAGGAAGGCAAAGUACGAUACAUUGGCUUAUCCGAGAUGUCAGCUGCGACCCUUCGAAGGGCUCAUGCAGUUCACCCCGUGGCCGCCAUUCAAAUUGAAUAUUCUCCCUUUUAUCUGGACAUAGAGAACGACAAGGUUGCGCUGCUAAAGACCUGCCGUGAGCUUGGAAUUGCAGUGGUGGCCUACUCUCCUUUGGGCAGAGGCAUGCUAACAGGAACAUACAAAUCCCACGACGACAUUCCAGACGGAGAAUGGAGGAAGACAAUUCCCAAAUUCUCAAGGGAAAACUUCCCCAACAUUUUGAAGCUCGUUUCCGAAUUCCAAGAGAUAGGCAAAAGCCACGGCGCUACCGCUGGUCAAGUUGCACUCGCCUGGUUACUUGCUCAAGGGGACGAUAUCAUUCCAAUCCCUGGAACCAAGAAGAUUAAGUACCUAAAGGAGAAUAUCGCGGCUGCUGAUGUGUCGCUCACCCAAGAUGAGAUUGCUAGGAUCAGAAACUUGGCUGAAGCCGUCAAUGCCGCUGCUGGUGAUUUGGAGAGGUACCCAGUGGGAGACAUGGUCACACUUCUCGCCGAUACGCCGGAGUUGAAAUGA